CAUCGCCUCGCAUUUCUGAAAUAACCCCAUUUGCUUCCUUCUUCACAAUCAUCUACUACCACCAACUCUGCUUCUUACACCGCUACCACUAUUCUUACCAUCUCACCACCCCUCAGACGUCAUGGCCUCGACUCUUGCGAAUAGUAGUAGCAGUAGUAGUAAUACCUACGUCGCCUUCCUCGAACAAGCCAAGCACGACUUCUGCGUGAGCAACGCACACCUCUCAGAGGAGGAGCUAAACCGCGCCUGGUUCCAGGCCGCCUGCCAACCGUCGCAACCCUCCAUGGCCCACCAGGUCCCACGGUCAAUGGCCUUUAACACGUCAAACAUGACCCAGCUCCCA